AUGUUAAGCUGCCUGGAUUUCAGACUCAUUGCUCAGCUAUGCAGUAAAGAGGAGACUUGGACGGCACUGAGCAGCAGUGCAAGGACGCUGAUUGUUUGGCUCAUUUUUCUUUUUCAAAUCACCUCUACAAAAAAAUGACACUUCUAUCAGACGACCAGUUGGCCAGGCCUCUACCGUUCCGGCUGUCUGAGCAGGGAAAGCUCAACAGCAUCUCCUUCAACUCGACGGAGCACAUUGGCUCCAAAGAGGACUAUAUGGACAGCAUGGAGAGCAGCUCCGAGUUUGGAGCGGUGGAAGCCCCGAGGCGCUCCCGGGGACGGCUCAUCCUUCACGGCCUGGUCAUGUUUGGAAGGGAAUUCUGCUACGCCGUGGAGGCUGCUUUUGUCACACCUGUCCUGCUGAGCGUGGGUCUGCCCCGCAGCCUCUACAGCCUGGUGUGGUUGAUCAGUCCCAUCCUGGGCUUCCUGCUGCAGCCCAUCAUCGGCUCAGCCAGUGACUUCUGCCGCUCGCCGUGGGGUCGGCGCAGACCCUACAUCCUGGUCUUGGGCAUCAUCAUGCUGAUAGGCAUCACUAUGUUCCUGAAUGGGGAUGUGGUCGUCUCAGCACUUGUAGAAGACCGGUCGCUGCGGAGCAUCUGGGCCAUUGUGGUGGUGAUGCUCGGCGUGGUGAUGUUCGACUUCGCGGCUGACUUCAUCGAUGGACCGAUAAAGGCCUAUCUGUUUGACGUGUGCUCACAUCAAGACAAGGAGAGGGGUCUGCACUACCAUGCUCUUCUCACAGGUUUGGGUGGAGCGUUUGGCUAUCUGGUUGGAGCAAUGGACUGGGGUCACUCCAUCAUGGGCCAACUCCUGGGAUCUGAAUACCAAGUCAUCUACUUCUUUUCUGCGCUGACCUGGAGUGUCCUCCUCAUUAUCCAUCUGUUCAGUAUACCUGAGCAACCUCUGGGCAAAGACCACGAAGUCCUGGAUCCUUCACCCACACGGCCCCUUCACCCCCAGACCUCCCACAGCAGUGGUUAUGGAACGCUGGGCAAGGAGGUGACGAUGACUGCAGUGGCAUCGCCAGUCACCGACCUUCGCCCGAGAUCCUUCUCAGCUCUGGGGGAAGCCAACUCUGUCACAUCCAGUGCUAAGCAGCCCAACAAGGAGGCGCAGAAAAGGAUGACGCUGAAGUUACUGCUGCAGGCGUUCAUCAACAUGCCAAACCACUAUCGCUUCCUUUGUGUCAGUCACCUUCUGGGAUGGACAGCCUUUCUGUGCAACAUGCUCUUCUUCACCGACUUCAUGGGACAGAUUGUCUACAAAGGAGACCCGUACGCCGACCACAACUCCACAGCUUACGUCAGGUAUGAGAGGGGAGUGGAGGUGGGCUGCUGGGGUCUGUGCAUCAACGCCGUUUCCUCUGCUCUCUACUCAUACGUCCAGCGCAUUCUUCUCCCAUACAUUGGCCUCAAGGGUCUAUACUUCCUGGGCUACCUCAUGUUUGGCUUGGGGACCAGCUUGAUCGGACUCUUCCCGAACAUCAUCAGUACACUCAUCCUCUGCAGUGUUUUCGGCAUCAUGUCCAGCACGCUCUACACCAUCCCAUUCAACCUCAUUGCAGAGUAUCAACAUGAAAAAGAGGAGCAGCUGAGAAGACAAGGGAUUACCCAAAGCCAGGUGAGCACGGGUGUGGACUGCGCAGCUCUCACCUGCAUGGUCCAGCUGGCUCAGAUCAUCGUCGGCGCUGGACUGGGCGCUCUGGUCAACAUCGCAGGGAGCGUGGUGGUGAUCGUGCUCUCAGCCUCCACUAUGUCUCUGUUCGGGUGCAUCUUCAUCGCCCUCUUCAUAAAAUAUGUUGACUGAUUGAACAGGAACAGAAUGUUUUGGUGAUAUUGUUUUCAUAAAUAAAUUAAAUCAUUAUGUUCUCAUCUCUCCAGUAUGAAUUUACUGCAUAAUAUGAGACAGA